GAGAUACCGGAGCACGCCGGGGUGCCUGCGCCCGCGGCGCUACGUUCACAUCGCCGACUCGCACCUGGCCUUCUUCCGCGUCGAGCCCCUGGAGGGCGACCGGCCCCUGGGCCGGAUCGAGUACUCGCAGGCACGGGAGCAGGGAGAGCUCGAGAUCGAGCUGCUCAACAGCGGCUUCCUGGUGGCCUGGCUGCGGGCGGAGACCGCGGGUGACAGGGGCCACGUCCUGUCCAGGCUGCGGUCGCAGUCGCGCGGCGCUCUGCUGAUGGCCGAGCUGGACAGCGCCGUCCGGCGCGCCUCCGUGCUCGUCUACGGCGAGUCGGAGGCGAGCGGCAGCGAGGUCGCUGUGCUGCUGGGGUCCAGCGGCCAGGCGGGGGUGGCCGCGGAGGGCAUAGCCUACCGGUACGGCGACCUCGGGGCCGCUUUGCUGCACCCAGAGCACGCGUCGCCGCACCUGGGCGCCAUGAGGGUCUUCUGCGAGUUGUUUUUGGGCCUGUCCAGGCAGGAGGCCACCGAGGCGGCGCCGGGCCUGUGGAGCCUGGCCGAGGACCAGGUCAGGGUCGAGCACAAGCCGCCGCGCCCAGAGUGGCCGGGCGGCCACUUCGUCUACCUCGUGCCCGCGGCGGCCCUGGCGCCGCGCCUGGCGGCUAGCAGCAGCUCCACCGCGGCACCGGCCUCCUGCCUGGACGCGCUCUGCGCGCAGUUCCGCCCGAACGCGGCCCUGGACGCGGUAGCGCUGGUGCUGAUGAGGGACCUCAUCUGCAGCGCUCAGGAUGGCGUGAUGUACACGCCCACCCUGAGCCGCAACGCUCCAGGGCUCCAAGACGACGGCCGGCUCUGGCUGCGGGCCGACAUGCUCCGCUGA